UUCUGGGAAGGUCGGGCUGAUACUCAAGGAAGGACUACGAACCCCAGCAAGCAGUUCGCGACACCAGGGCGCAGAAGGAGGAGGAGCUCGAGCCGUGGGGCCCUACGGAACCAGAUCCACCCUUGAGAGGAGGGCCUGGGUCUGGAAGCUGUAGGUGAGCAGAGGGUGAGAGGCCUUGUGUUCUGCGGGCUGCUCCUUCCACAAGCAAUUGCAUGCGUGAGGCCCUGUUCCUGGUGCUGGGAUGCAGGAGGAUGGACAGAAUUCUCGGUCGUGGACAGUUCUCUGCCUUCAUGGAGCCUGUAGUCUAGUGGGGAGGCGGUACACAGGACAGUACACCAGCAGGCAGCUGCAGCACCUGAUGUAGGUGGCCAUGGGGAAGCAUUACUUCUGUGACUACUGCAACCGCUCCUUCCAGGACAACCUCCACAACCGCAAGAAGCACCUAAAUGGGCUACAGCACCUCAAGGCCAAGAAGGUCUGGUAUGACAUGUUUCGAGAUGCAGCUGCCAUCUUGUUAGAUGAACAGAACAAACGGCCCUGCAGGAAGUUUCUACUGACAGGACAGUGUGACUUUGGCUCCAACUGCAGAUUUUCCCACAUGUCAGAGAGAGACCUGCAGGAACUGAGUAUCCAGGUGGAGGAGGAGAGGCGGGCCAGGGAGUGGCCACUAGAUGUUGUCGAACUCCCUGAGGGCCAUCUGGAAGACUGGUUGGAAAAGAGAGCCAAGCGGCUGAGCUCAGCUCCGAGCAGCAGGGCUGAACCCAUGAGAAGCACCAUCUUCCAGUACCCCAUAGGCUGGCCACCAGUCCAGGAGCUGCCUCCAUCCCUGCGGGCACCCCCACCCGGGGGGUGGCCCCUGCAGCCCAGCGUCCAGUGGGGCUGAGCCCCUCAUCCCCACUUUGACCCCCAUCUGGUCAGCUUUUGUGUCAGUCACAAUAAAGAUAAGGGCUACUGGGGAUGCCAAGGGCCUCUCCCCCGCCUGCUGCCCCCUGUGGAGCCUCUGAAACCACAUGCUGCUGGGCCUGGCUUGACUAAGGCCCCAGAGUUGCCCCAGCAGGUAUAGCCCUGGUCCUAGCUCUGCUCCAGACAGCUCCAUCCUCCCUCCCUCUUGGGACAUCUUGAGAAGAUGGGUGGUAAAACUUCCUUCUGGAUGUUUAUAAAGAAAGUCUGUCACCAUG